GCUCCCCGCAGUUCGGCGGGGGGUGCGCCCGGCCCCCCGCCUCCCCUCCCCGCGCACCGCCCCCUCGCCCCCGGGGAAGGAGGGGAGGAGGGCGGCGCCUGCGUGCUCCUCCGCGCGCCCCGCCUUCUCCCGGGCCGCUCGCGGCGAUCCCGACUCUCCUCCCGCGGCUGCCGCAGCUGCCGCUUGCACACGGCCUGGGCGGCGGGCGCGGCGGGCGCGGGCCUGGGAGCGGCGGCCGGGGCACCCCUCCGAGCGCGGCCGAGGGAGCUCCGGCGGCGGCGGGGGAGGCGGGAGGCGGCGGCCGCCGCGGACCCGCUCGGCGCCUCGGCCUCUCCGCCCCCUCCCCAGCCUUUCUUGCGCUGUCUGCGCUCCCGCUCCGGCCGGCGCCGCGGCUUUGUGCGCGGAGAUGGUGUAGCCCCCGCGCGCCCCGAGGAGGAGCCGCACGCUGUCUCCAGUCUCCGAGCUGCGUCCCCGCCCCCGGAGCACAGACCCCCCCCCCUCGGCUCGGCGUCUCCCGGCUGCUGGGGACACCUCGGCGGCGCCGGCACCAUGAGUGAACAGAGUAUCUGUCAGGCAAGAGCUGCUGUGAUGGUUUAUGAUGAUGCGAAUAAGAAGUGGGUGCCAGCUGGGGGCUCAGCUGGGUUCAGCAGAGUUCAUAUAUAUCACCAUACAGGCAACAACACAUUCAGAGUGGUGGGCAGGAAGAUUCAGGACCAUCAGGUGGUGAUAAACUGUGCCAUUCCUAAGGGGUUGAAGUACAAUCAAGCGACACAGACCUUCCACCAAUGGCGAGAUGCUAGACAGGUGUAUGGUCUCAACUUUGGCAGCAAAGAAGAUGCCAAUGUCUUCGCAAGUGCCAUGAUGCAUGCCUUAGAGGUGUUGAAUUCCCAGGAAACAGCCCAGAGCAAGGUUACUGCUACCCAGGACAGCACUAAUUUGCGAUGUAUUUUCUGUGGGCCAACAUUGCCUAGACAAAAUUCACAACUGCCUGCCCAAGUUCAAAAUGGCCCAUCACAAGAAGAAUUGGAAAUUCAAAGAAGGCAACUGCAAGAACAGCAGCGACAGAAGGAACUGGAGCGGGAAAGGCUGGAGAGAGAAAGAGCGGAGAGGGAGAGGUUGGAGAGGGAGAGGUUGGAGAGGGAGAGGCUGGAGAGGGAGCGCCUAGAACAGGAACAGCUGGAGAGAGAGAGACAAGAACGCGAACGGCAGGAUCGCCUGGAGAGGGAGCGGCAGGAGCGGCAGGAGCGGGAGCGGCUGGAGAGGCUGGACCGGGAGCGGCUGGAGAGGCUGGAGCGGGAGCGGCUGGAGAGAGAGCGGCAGGAGCAGCUGGAGAGGGAGCAGCUGGAAUGGGAGCGGGAGCGGAGAGCAUCCAGCGCUGCUCCAUCUUCAGAGAGCCCCCUGUAUAAUGCUCCACUUCCUGAGUAUGCCAGUUGCCAGCUUCCUUCAGCACCUCCUCCAUCAUACGCUAAAGUCAUCUCAGCUCCAGUGUCCGGUGCCACUCCUGAUUACGCUGUAGUGACCGCUUUGCCACCUUCUUCCACACCCCCUACACCACCACUUCGACAUCCAGCGACACGUUUUGCAACCUCCCUAGGUUCAGCCUUCCACCCUGUCCUGCCCCAUUACGCUACAGUUCCUCGUCCUCUGAACAAAAACUCUCGGCCUUCCUCUCCCGUGAACACGCCCUCUCCUCAGCCUCCGGCUAUGAAGCCCUGUGCCUGGUCUACUUCCAAUUUCUCGCCCCUCCCUCCGUCUCCUCCAGUAAUGAUUAGCAGCCCCCCGGGCAAAGCUACUGGUCCCAGGCCUGUCCUCCCUGUUUGUGUUUCUUCUCCUGUGCCCCAAAUGCCUCCAUCGCCGACAGCCCCCAAUGGGCUGCUGGACUCUGUCACAUGUCCAGUGUCUCCACCGCCUACCUCAGGGCCAGCAGCGCCGCCUCCGCCGCCGCCUCCACUGCCUUCCCUCGCACCACCCUCACACUGUGGAUCUCAAGCCUCUCCUCCUCCGGGCACCCCUGUUGCCUCAACUCCCUCAUCCAAGCCCAGUGUUCUCCCUUCUCCCCCUGCAGCUGCCCCUGCCUCUGUGGAGACUCCUCUAAACUCUGUGCUGGGGGACUCCUCUGCUUCUGAGCCAGGCUUGCAGGCAGCCUCUCAGCCGGCUGAGACUCCAGCCCCACAGGGCAUUGUCUUGGGACCACCUGCACCUCCACCGCCCCCUCCCCUCCCACCAGGUCCUGCCCAGGCUUCAGCCACACUCCCUCCACCCCCAGGACCCCCUCCACCCCCUCCUCUUCCCUCCUCAGGGCCUCCGCCUCCGCCUCCUCCACCCCCCCUUCCUAACCAAGUGCCCCCUCCUCCUCCACCACCGCCCGCUCCUCCUCUCCCUGCAUCUGGAUUUUUUGCGGCAUCCAUGUCAGAAGACAAUCGCCCUUUAACUGGACUCGCAGCUGCCAUUGCUGGAGCAAAACUUAGGAAAGUGUCACGGAUGGAGGAUGCCUCUGCCCCAAGUGGAGGGAGUACCAUUGGCGUGAAUUCGGCCUCGUCUAAAACAGAUUCAGGUCGUGGAAAUGGACCCCUUCCUUUAGGGGGUAGUGGUUUAAUGGAAGAAAUGAGUGCCCUGCUGGCCAGGAGGAGAAGAAUUGCUGAAAAGGGAUCAACAAUAGACACAGAACAAAAAGAGGACAAAAAUGAAGAUUCAGAGCCUGUAACUUCUAAGGUGUCUUCAACAAGUACAGCUGAACCAACAAGAAAACCUUGGGAAAGAACAAAUACAAUGAAUGGCAGCAAGUCACCUGUUAUCUCCAGACGGGAUUCUCCAAGGAAAAAUCAGAUUGUUUUUGACCACAGGUCCUAUGAUUCAUUACACAGACCCAAAUCUGCACCCUCCUCACAGCCCAGUGCCAACGGGGUCCAGACAGAGGGACUGGACUAUGACAGGUUGAAGCAGGACAUUUUAGAUGAAAUGAGAAAAGAAUUAACAAAGCUAAAAGAAGAGCUCAUUGAUGCAAUCAGGCAGGAACUGAGCAAGUCAAAUACCGCGUAGAGCAGCAAACUAAGGAGAGAAGGGACUUGAAUCUGGAGAGAGAAAAAAAAAAACCUACAAACAACAACUGUUAACAACAACAAACCCCUACAUUUUGUGAGCUGUGAGAAGAAAAUGGAGACAAACAGUCAGAAGGAGGGAAAAACCAACGUGUUUGAAAGCCGUCAGACAUUAUUACUCUGGUGAUAAGCUAUUUCCCUCCCAGUUUGCUGCUUUUUUCUGACCUUUACAGCAGGAUGGAAGAGAGUGGUAUAAGAGUUCCUAUAACAGUUAUGCAGAAAAUACUAAACCCGUCAGGCGAGAUCACCGUGCAUUCAAAUAUUUUCAUGUCAAGAAAAAAAUCGCACACUUCCCACAAUCCAUUGCUAAAAUAAAGAGGAGAAAGGCUUAAGAAGUUUUUUUCAGAGAGCGCUGAUGAAGAAUUUAGCAAGUUAUGCUAUUGUAUUGUAAAUGUUUCUCUCAGGUUUGUCUUCCUAUCGUAUUUGAUAUUCCAUGAAUAAUUGAGAUCAGCCCUGUGUAGGUUAAGAUCUUAAAAUGCGGAACAAAUGGAAUUGUAUGUGCUUUCCAAAGGGUGAUAUUUAUAAGAAAGUGUCCUAAAAAUGACUUAUCCAGCUUGAGGAAUUUUAGAGUGAUAGGAAGUCUCUCGUUAGCCUUCAUGCAAUUUUGUAGAUUAAAACAUAAAAUUCGUCCAGAAUUGAAAGAUUUAGAUGCCUUCUUAAAUUGUUACAAUGCUUUACCAAAUCUGUGACUCCUACAUAACACAAACCAGUGGUCAAAUGUAAAACAAUGUAUUGUAGAUUUACUGUAGGUUUUCAACCUUUUUUAGAUUUAUGCAUGUGGACAUUUUUAUAAUGUAAUUACAACCACCACAAAAUUAGCUUUUUAAAUUGCAGACAGUAAUGCAUGUCACACUAACACGUAGUGGCCUUCUCAAGGCCUAGUCCCAGGGAGAACAUUUUGUAGAGUAUAGGGGAGUGGGAGGAAGGGAAGGAAUAAUUUUUUAUUUAAAGUUAAUUUCUGCACUCUCUUUUUUUCUCAAUUACCUGCAUGAAUAAUAACGAGGAAUAUUUUGUGACUUUAAUUGGUAAAUAUGUUAUCAGAACCAAGUACUGAAUCUUUUACAUCAUGUCUUCAGCUCUUUAUAUUUUAACUUCAGUAAUUUCAGUGGCCUGAAACAUGAUUCUGAGCUUCACACGAGUUCUCUCUUACUGUGGAACUCAAAAGUUCGAUCCCUGAAUUUGGCGGUUACCAUGACCUAGGUGCCCUGCAGUCCUACAGGCCUUCAGGUACACGUUCCUGACAAGGAAGCUGCUUUUGAACUUUGUUAUGUUCAAAUACGAGAAGUAACAAUGAUGGCAGCCAUUAAGGUCGCAUAAAUCAUUAGGUAAAGGGAAACCAAUGAUGAGUUCUUUGUAAUUUUCUUUUAAUAAAUAAAGUGAGAUGUAGGUGGUGGGAAGAAGGAAUUAGAUACUCUACUUACCACCGUGUCUGUGCGUGUGUGUGUGGGUGUGGUGUGCACACGCAUGUGUGUAUGUAAUCCACUCCGUUUUCUUUGAAACUCGUAAGAUUAAAAUAGGGGAGAAAUCCUAUAUGUUGCAAUGAUAGAUUUUUAAACAAAUUUAGGAAAUCGGAAAUUCUCCGGGCUCUCCAUCUUGAUUUAUGCUUGAGUUAUGUGCCAUAUUUGCUUUGAAAUCUUUGAUUAUCAGUUUUACUAAAAUUUCAAGGACAUAAUCCAUUUUCAUCUGUUUUCUAGAUCUCUUACAUCUCAGUUCAUAACACAGAGCUUGUUGAUAGCAUAGUUUUCUAAAUGCUGCAGAUUUGCAGCCAUUUCCACUUCAAAGAGGUUUGAAUGAGGGAAUUUUUUUUCCUUGUUAAAAUAGUUUCUGUUUCUGUAGAAACUUCAUUUUGAGAUUAAUCUGUGAUGGAUGAGCUAUGAUAAUUCAUAUACGGUUCUUUUUUCUGUCAACUAUUCACUGUCAUGCAAUAGUAGUUAAAGGCAUUAAAGAUACAGCAAGCUUUUAAAGUACUAUUUUCUAAAAGAAAUAGGAGAGAUUUUCAUCUUUAUUAUUGUACUUUUGGUUAUACAAACACUUUGAUGAUAUAAACAUUUAUGUCCCCUAUAAAUCUGGUCAGAAAUCACUUUUGAUUUUGUUGAUUAAGUUAAAUAGUCAGUGGUAGGAUAGAGUACUGGGUACACGUGGUCCAAAGUAAGGUAAAAGACUACAAUAAAUUGCUAGAUCUUAAAAAGAAACUGGUUUAUGCACUAAACGUUUUGUGCCUUGGUCUAAUAUUAACACGAUGUCUGUGUGAAAUGGCAAAAAGAACCAGUGUCGAAUCACGUUCUAUUUUCCAUCAUUUUGCAUUAUCCCAGAUUGCUAAUGUGUUCUUUCCAAGAGAUUUGAUUGAAUUACUCUAUACAUUUACUGUCAGGCAUGACAGUUUUGUCAUUGUUAGAGAUUUCAGUAAUUAAAAUGGGCAACAGAAGCUUAAGUUAUUUUCCUUCUCAAAACUGUGUUCCUUGGAGCCACUUUAUUCUGAUGGUGUUCGUGCUCUUGUUCAUUGGAUGUCUUAAGCUCAGUGCAGUUUAGGGAUCCUUUCUAAUGACAGGAAGGUACUCCUUUCCUCAACACUGUGAUCUGACCUGUGACAAAUCUGUACUAUACACUCUGUCAAUGGCUAACCGGUCAAUUGCAAACCAACUGAAUGUACAAACCUUAGUGCUGGUGCUGAAAUCUCUUGAGAACAGUCAUCACGAUUUCAAAGUUUGUUUUGAAAUUUGCAAGCAUCAAGUGUCAAUCAAAACUGAAGAUGAAACACUAAUGAAUGUCGAAUUCUCAUGCUUUAGGUGUACUUCCUUUUUAGAUUUUCGGUUCUCUGCUAUUUUUACCGCACUGUUUCAUUUAAAUUUCCUACACGCUAACUUCGUUUGUGCGAUUGAAAUAAAAUUGCAGUAUAUACAUGUUGCUUGUUUGUGACACUUAGAUAAUCAUCUGAAAUAAUCUGUUGGUUCUAAAAUAAGUUAUAUUGAAUGUGAAGAACACUUUUUAACGUCCACGACUUCACUGCUUAAAGUUUACAUAUCACGUCACGAUUCUUUAAGGAUUUCAUACAAUUCAUAAAUACUGAGUAGUGUAUACAAAGGGAAUGUGUGUAAUGUGUCUCCUUUUUGUUUGAAAUAACUGUUGGCUGUUCCCUCUUUGUUCUUAUUUUCUCUCGGCCCAGCUUGACACAGUGUCUUACUCUCAUAGUCAAGAGAAUGGUAAAUAUUUAAUUUUACUCUGUUUUGUUCUACAACAUAGUCAGAUGCUUAAACUCAUUUGUGCAGUUAAAAUCUUCCUUUAUGUAGUUUGCAGGGUAAAGGACAUUGUGUGGUAAAGGGCCUUAUCAAGUACUGAACUUUAAAUACAAUAAAAUCUGUAUCUAUAAUGUUAUUUAUACAUUAUGCCAAUUUCUGGAAACCUGCGUAUAAGCCACAGUACUUUUUAUCUGCCUCUUAUGAAGGAUUAAUUUUGAGUUCCAUUUUAAAAUUUUGAUGUCUUCAUUAGAAAUACAAUAAUCCUUGUCUUUUUUCUUUUACCAGACCCCACUUUCCCCUCCACCAUCCUCUCCACUUCUCCUGGAUUGCGUGUUCCUGUCAUUCAUUGACACUGCAGCCAUUUACAGUCCACAGCUCUAAAAAUUUUCUGAUUUUUUUCUUUCCAUCCUGCCUCAGGUUCUUGCUUCCCUUCAUAUAUAAAUCAGAAUGUUUGUCUACAAACUAAAGUCACUUCCCAUUCAAGAAUGAAUUAAGUAGCAGAUGGCAGUCUUUUAAAUUUACCUAGCUACAACUUUUGUGUCUCCUGAAUUUGUAUAUACUUUCAUUGCUGUUGUGAAGAAUUGGCCUUUACAUGCUAAGUAACAUUAUCCUAGGAAGCACAGGUUACAAAGGAUGCUGCAGGGUCUCUGUCAUUCCUUUUUGUAGCCAUCAUAACUUCAUAACCCCAGUACUUUUAAAGUUUUAACUAUUAUAAGCAUAAAAAUGACAUCAUAUAAAGCAUACUGUGUGAAAGAACUCUCCAGGAGCUCUUAACUCCAGGAGCUCUUAACAGGAAAGCUGUUAUAAAAUCCGCUUUCCUAAAGACAUUUACUCUAACAUUCACUUCAAAACUCCAAACCUGAUCCUGCUAGUACUGUUUUUGUUUUUAAUAGAUGAAUUCAUGUCUGUACAUCUCGAAGCUCCAAGGAAUGAGAAAGAUAUCCCAAGAGAAUAUUGGAAUUAGUGAUGCUUAAUACCUCUGACUUCAUGAGAAGCCAUUUAACAUUUAUACUUAGAUGCUUUUGAAGUCAAAACUUGAGGUAUGUGUAAGGAAUCUUCGUGAAUCUGAGUGAACGAAAUUGUCCUAGGCACCUUUGGCUGCAUAAAGACACGUGGAGAACGUUUACUUUUUACGAAUAGUUUUGUCUUGAGUAUAAGCACAUUUGACUAGAAGCUGAAGUUGGUAACCCUUCAAGAAAGGCCAUUCAUAUGAGCCAAUACAGUGAGGUUGUAAUACAGAUUUUCUCUGUUCGCAACAUCCAAAUAGGCUGUGGAUUAGGUUUAUUACCUUUAUGUUGUCUCUAGAUAAUUUUUGAGAAUCAAGAGGUGUUUAUAUCUGUUAAUAAUACUGGAGAAAUGAAACCUUCCCAUUUUAAAACAAUAAAAUUAGGAUGGUUAGGAAUAUUCAGCUUCAACAUAAAUGGAGUUCUAGGAUAAAUCCUUUGUUGAAUACCAAUGACAGAUUCACGUAAGAGGCAAACUGAGUUUUUUGGUAAGGAUACAUUUGAAAAAUGCUUAAAUAUGAACUUUGUAAAUUUAUGUCUUUUUUCUAAAUAGUUCAUAAAGUAACAAUCCUCGUGAGAGAGUAAGUAAAUGACUUGGUCAUAAUAACUUAGGAUGUUAAAAGAAUUACUGCUGCAUUUACUGGUUAUUUCUGUUAAAUCUGUAUACGUGAAGAUCGAGAAAGCAAGAAAGUGACUUUUCUUGUCACUUAUAAAUGUUGUCCGUUGUACAUAAACUCUCUAAACUGAAAUGGUAGCAUCAUUUAAGGCCUGCAGUAGGCCUCAAAUACUUGCUGAUUAAUUUAACAUACAGAGUAAAUAAAGCUGAAACUUCAGUUAAGUGUUUGAGCCAAAAGACCGUAGUCACUGGGCUGUGGCCCACUUCUAUGAGGCAUAUUGAAUACUCAGAAAUUGAGCGUAGAGCAGAACCUCUGGACGCUUCUGGUGUAGGGCCACGGGAUUCCCAGGUCAAGGGAGAGGAGGGGGGCAUGGGGGGCGGCAGAGAGUAAAGAGAAGAAAUGCACGUCUGAAAAGUGCUCUCCUUUACCUCACUUUUUAAAGGCAUGUAACUCCUAGUAGUUACAUGAUUCAAAUAUACCAGUGAACUGGUCGCUAAAUUCACCCUUCUCACCACAAUUAAGUUCUGAGAGAAUACAGCUUUCCAUUUUAAUAAAAAUUAUUAGAAGAGUUUACAUAUUUCAUUAAAGGACUAAAUUUGCAUUUAUUCCAUAAAAAAGUCUGUCUGUAAACAACAACCUCAUAGUUUAUCAUGUUAUAAAUUUGAUUUAACUGCCUUCCUCCGAUUCCAAGAAUGUUUUCUUUAGCAUAGGUAACAGAAUUUAAAAUUAUAUGUAUAAAAUAGAAAUUGCUAAUAUAGGCAGUGAGUAAUGUUAGGGGUUUGUUUGGUUUUUAGUAGAUGGUUGUUCUUCCAAGAAGGCUUAGAAUAGAUAGAAAAGCAUGCAUUCGGUUCUUUGGAUUACACGGGAAAUGGCACUUAGAAAAAAGGAAAUUUGCAUUGACAGAGGUUUAUAUUGAGCGAUCUUUAAUUCUCCAUCAGGUCCAAAAGUUUCCAUUCAAAUCCACAGAAACUGAUAAAACCGAGAAAAUAGAUUCUUGUCUUAGAUUUGAAAUAUACGCGAUUGUAACCAUACGAAAGAAACAUGCCACAGAAGGCUUUUUAAAAUAUGGUUCUUAAAAAGCCCUUAGUCACAUCCGUUGAACCUCUAAGGCCUUUUUUUAAAGAUGAAAGGCAUUUUUUAGAACGUAUGUCAAUUGGCUUCAUUUAAAUUUUAGGUGAGAAAUAUCAACUUGGGGCUUUCAUUGUCACCACUUUGAACUCGAGUGUAAACUGGGUUGGUUCUACCCACGUGGCUUUGGGUGUUUGACAUGUUUCAGAGUGUCCCUAGACACUCAAAUCCUCAAGUCUGCGGCUUGUCCGUUCUGGGUGGUGGACUAACCUAGCAUAUAAACAAACGUGAGCCCCUUCUGACCACCCCAGGGCUGCUGGUUGGACAGGUGAGGAGUUUGGGUCGACCCAAGCUGGUUCUGUACCUCAGAACGGGCCUGGAAGCAUUGGUAGUAGCCACCAACUGAGUUACUAAAACUUCCAGGGAGAAGAAUCACUCUGCCCUCAGAAAAGUAUUGGGAGAGUGUAGCUAUUCAGAAGAAAACCACAUUAAACUCGGGCAUCAUUUUCUUUUCUACUUAUUUAUUACCAAGGGGGUGGCAUUUCAGGCUCAAACCAGGAAUUUAUAAUUUGGUUUCCUCACCGUAGAUAGCUUGUCACUGUAAGUUUCACUUGCUGAAAUUGAGGUUGGAGGGAUCGUGUUUGGUGCUCACAUGAAAUAGCCUUGUUCCUGGAAGUACAGAUUGUUCCAGGAUUCUGAGUUAAUCCACUUCUAGGCCCCUUUUCCUAGACUUGCUGCCUUCUGUUCCUCUGCGUUGCUGCUCUCUCCUCCCUUGUGUGUGGAGUGGCAGGCGGGUCAUUGGAUGGUACCAGGCUGGCUUAACCAGCUGUCAGACCAUGGGGCAGGGCGGUUACCCUUUCCAGGCCUCGUCUCUGAGGUCCCCUCCACCUCUGACACCCAGUUCUGCUCUUCUACAGUCAGUGUCCUCUGCUGCUACUGGUUGGUUGGUUCUUUUUUGAUCCAAUGGAAACAUCUGAGUUUUGCUCUCUGGUAUUAAUUAUUCUAAAAUCUUAGACCCCAUUCACUGAAAGACGUACAUCCCAGGUGUGAACAAUAAGGAAAAGUCAAUGAAGUGAGACCUUGAGGUCAGUAGUGUGGUAUCAAGUGUUAGUGCUGUGCUGUGCUGCAUACGUUUCCUCUCUGCAUCGUCCGUGUGCUGUCAUGGAUCGGACUACCCCGUACAUCAGCAGUGUCCCACAUCCUCUCUGGCUACCGCCCUCCCGACCUGCAAGCACACUGCCAUCCAAAAAUGACCAACUGUAAUGUGAUGGGGUCAUAGGAGACCUGAGACCCAGGCUCCAAUUAUGAUGUAUCAGUGACAGUCCUUUUGAUUCUCUUUUUGGUCCAGGAGCUAUUUUUAAGUUCACAGACCCUCCAGAGCUGGAUGGAGUGAAGCAGCCCUCCUUUUUCCUGAGGAAGAAUGCACUUGAGUGGUUUCCAUAUCCCCUGAACCUGCUGGGCUGUUGUUUCUUCUGUCACUGUCAUCCUUGAGGAAAAAAGGAGUAAUAUACCCUCCCCUCUCUGCCCUUCUUAUAUACAAAUUUUUAAGCUGUCAUUCCUUCCUAGUUCCUUGUUUUAAUCCGAAAGGCUGUCACAGCAAUUUCUUGACAGACCAGGGGACACUUCUGUGCCCUUUGAGUGAAUAUGCUCUGAGUCCUUGCUUGGUCUUAAGAAGAUGAAGAUAAUUAGCACAAAGAGGUUGAACUGGGAGGUUGGGAUCAUAAAAGAUGAGUCCUGUCUUGCAGACUUUUUUUUACUGGUGGGCGUGUGUGUGUUUUGGAGUUCAUUUUUUGUUAGCAGUAAGACAUGCUUUUCAUUAUGUGUGUUUUUCUUUUUGGGGAAAAUGAAAUGUUUCUAACAAAAUGAGCUAGAAAGAAAAUUCCAUCUUGAGACAUCUGUAGUUGAUGCAAAAUAUUCUAUAAUACUCAAUUAUGGUAUUUACAUAUUUUCAGAGAAAUUCUUUUUUUGGUUUGCUUGAUAAGAUUGAGGAAGCCUUUCUGCAGUCUGUAAUUAUAGAAACACUGAAAGUCUCUAGGCUGUAGCUGGGGCUGGGGAGAGAGUUCAGGAGCUAGGGCCAGCCGUAUCUGUGCUGUGGGCAGAGCAGGACUUCAGGCACAGCUGGAUCCUGUAAGUUCUGGUUUAAAUCUUUCUGUUGCCUCCGGGAAGAGUUUUCAAAACCCUCUUUUCCUUGACCUGAAUGGAAACUAGUUCCAUUGUGCUUUCCACUGGUCCUUUGGGGAGCCCGAAUUAGCACGUGAGUGAACGAUAGGAAAGCUUUUUUGGUGCUUUUUAUUUUAUUUUUGAGGGGCCGGGGCGUCAGUGAUGAACCUUUCUGGUUAGAGAACCACAUACACCGUUUCUAUCAUGAGAUUUCGAAUGUUAAAUCCAUUGACCUUUUCGGAACUACCAAGUCGACAGGCCAAAAACACACAGUACGGUGGCACAAUCGAUAACAUUGAAAGGUGAAUUUCUUCAGUCCGUAUGGGCUGGUCUCAUGUUAUCUUGCUUUGCUACAAAUGUUAAAACUAAAAACGUGCAUUUGUGUCCUCAAGAGAUUAUGCAGAGCUGUUUUCGUUGCUAAAGGUGUCAAAGUGUGCAGCCCAUGAAUCUAGGGCUUUAUAAUCUGGGAGGGAGAUUCCUAAGGCAGCAUGGACUGAAAUAACACUUUUAAAGUUAAAGUUGACUUUAACAUGUAGAAGGCCAUAUUUUAAUUAGAAGUUGUUUGAUGUGCGUACAGAACCUCAUGUAUCUUCUCUCGUGGAAUUUCUGACUUACAGGCGGUGCUGAAUUUCAGGAGUAAAGGACGCUGGUAGCAAUUUGUUUUAAAGCAACAAAUUGUAAAUUGCUGUUUGACUCAAGUCAUUUUGUAAAUCCAAAUAAACGAAGAUCUUUAUUGUCAAGAAACAUUAUCUUCUAAGCUUGGCCGUCUACCUUAAAGAAGGGGAAGUGAAAGGGUGAAACGUGAGACGGAAAGAGUUGGCAGGGUAGGUGGGCUCAGACAGCACCUGGGUUUUGCACCAAAGUUUCAAAUAGGAAUAAAUAAGAAGGAAGACCACUCACAAGAGGAUGUAGGAAAGACUUACCAGAAAGUAGCAGCUCUGCUGCCCAAUACAGUGCCUUCAAAAUGAUUCUCUGUGUGAACUGCAUGCAAUUUCAUGUAACCAUAAAGUGUAACCUGUACGUGCAUGUGUCUAGAAUGUGUACAGUUAAGAUUCAGCAGAAAAGGGGCCUAGCUCUGUCACUUGGAUGGAUCAGCGAGCCCGCUGAAGUCAUCGGACUUAAGGUGACUUAGGUUUGUGUCAUCCGACCCCUGCAUUGGCAUUAAGCAACCAUAUCGUUGAAAUCUGAUCCAUUUCUCUAUUUCUUUCCUACUUUGCAGCUUUGCUGGUUUUAACUGCUUCACCCUUCUGCUUCUUGGUAUCCUUUCUUCUUUUGAAAUAAAAAGAUGAAAUGCUUAA